AUGAAGAUCACAGUGGACUUCCUGAGGAAGAUGGAGCAUAAGGAGCUGGCUGACCGUCUGCAGAGCAACCUGGAGCAGUGUGGUCUGGAUGUCACAGAGGCCUUGGUGUACUCAGGAGUUUGUACAGAGAUCUUCAAAAGAGAGUGUGUGAUCUUCCAGAAACCAGUCUACUGCUUUGUUCAUCUGAGCAUUCAGGAGUUUCUGGCUGCAGUCUACAUGUUCCACUCUUUCACCAACAGGAAGGCAGAGGUGCUCAAGGAUUUCCUGGGACAAAUUUAUUGGAAAUCCGCUCUGGAUGACUCAGAAUCAUCUCUGGAUCUAUUUCUGAGCAGAGUCAUGGAGAAAUCCCUCCAGAGUAAAAAUGGCCACCUGGACUUGUUUGUUCGCUUCCUUCAUGGCCUCUCUCUGGAGUCCAACCAGAGACUCUUAGGAGGUCUGCUGGGUCAGACAGAGAACAGUCCAGGAACCAUCCAGAGAGUCAUCAACAACCUGAAGAAGAUGAACAGUGAUAAAAUCUCUCCUGACCGAAGCAUCAACAUCUUCCACUGUCUGAUGGAAAUGAACGACCUCUCAGUACAUCAGGAGAUCCAAGAGUUCCUGAAGUCAGAGAACAGAUCAGAGAAGGAACUCUCUGAGAUCCACUGCUCAGCUCUGGCCUUCAUGCUGCAGAUGUCAGAGGAGGUUCUGGAUCAGUUGGACCUGCAGAAGUACAACACGUCAUGGCAGGGACGACAGAGACUGAUUCCAGCUGUGAGGAACUGCAGAAAGGCUCGACUCACUCAGUGUGGACUCUCAGAGACUCACUGUGAAGUUGUGACCUCAGCUCUGAAGUCCAACCCCUCCCAUCUGACAGAGCUGGACAAGAGUUACAACGACCUGCAUGAUUCAGCAGUGAAGCUUCUGUGUGCUGGACUGGAGAGUCCAAACUGUCGACUGGAGACUCUGAGAUUGAGGAGCUGUGCUUUGUCAAAGAUCGGCUGUGAUUAUCUGGCAGCAGCACUGAAGUCUAACCCCUCCCAUCUGAGAGAGCUGGACCUGAGUGACAACAAGCUGCAGGAUUCAGGAGUGAAGCAGCUGUGUGGUUUUCUGGAGAGUCCAAGAUGUGGACUUGAAACUCUGAGAUUGUGGAGCUGUGGUUUGUCAGAGAUCAGCUGUGAUUAUCUGGCAGCAGCGCUGAUGUCCAACCCCUCCCAUCUGAGAGAGCUGGACCUGAGCUGGAACAAGCUGCAGGAUUCAGGAGUGAAGCAGCUGUGUGUUUUUUUGGAGAGUCCAGGAUGUGGACUUGAAACUCUGGGAUGGAGGAGCUGUGGUUUGUCAAAGAUCAGCUGUGAUUAUCUGGCAGCAGCUCUGAAGUCCAACCCCUCCCAUCUGAGAGAGCUGGACCUGUGGGUAAACAACCUGCAGGAUCCAGAUGCGAAGCAGCUGUCUGAUCUUAAGCAGAGUCCAGACUACAGACUGGAGACUCUGAGGUCAGUAGAGUGUUGGAUUUCCCAGCAUGCCUCAGCUGUGGAGAUGUAUGAGGGGGACUCGUUCAACCUGCCCUGUCAGUUUAACACUUUAAGAUUUCGAGACCCCUCUGUGGUGUGGAGUCGCUCUGACCUCAGUCCUCCAACCGUCCACCAGCGUCAGCUUCAAGGAGACGAACUGAAAGAUCAAAACCAGCGUUACAGCGGCCGAACAUCCAUGAAGACUGACGCUCUGGAUACUGGAGACCUCAGCCUGACCCUGACCAACCUCCAACUGUCUGACAGCGCCACCUACACCUGCUCCAUCAGAGACUUUGGAGAUGAACUGAGUCGGAGUGAUGUACAGCUGCAGGUCAAAGGUCAGCAACAAACACCUGCUGUAGAUACUUAUUGA